GCACCAGUGUGCGCCCCGUUGUUAUCAAUAUGGCUCUCACUCCGAAUCGGAAUCAAUACACCCCUGUGGUGGUCCCGGUCCCUAGUCUCAGUCCAAGUAAGAGUCCAGGCAGGCAACGACAUUUCGAUUAGUCGUGUAGUCGCACCUGGCUAGAGCAUACAGAUACAGACACCACUCGCCUCGACCGACACAGGCAUCCAACCUUUGGCAUCGUAUCCCUCCAAAAUUGACGGCCAAAGUUUCGAUCGUUUUGCAGAUCCCUGUGACCAUGGCCAAGAUACGAAAGCUGGUGCCAGAGCUGGCCGAGGUUGCUCGAACGGAGCUCAAUGAGGUGGAUUCCGAGGUGUUGAGGAAGAUCGUGGCCUUGCGCAAUUGGAUCAAUGAAGUAAACUACCUGAAGGCGCGCACCGAUGACCAGUUCCUGGCGGCCUUCCUUCGCUUUUGCCACUGGGAUGUGGAGGAGGCUAAGAAGCGGAUACUUUUCUACUACACAUACAAGACCAAGGAGCGUGAACUUCUCAAGAGCCGCCUGGUGGACGAUAAGCUAAUUGAAAUGGCACGUUCAGGAAUCUUCGCCACAUUACCGAAUCCCAUUGGCCCUGGCGGUCCCCGCAUCCAUUUCACACGCAUGGGCCACAUCGAGACUUCCAAGUACACCGUCAGCGACAUUUUCCGCUUCCAUGCCUUCCGUGCUGAGAUCGAGAUCAACACGGAUGACAACUGGAAUAUUGCGGGUGUGGUGGAGAUUCUUGACUUCACCAAGAUUCCCUACUCCCUGCUGCUGCAGUUCGAUGCCGGUAUGUUCAAGCGGAUGAAUGCCUUUUUGGAGCAUGGCAUACCCACGAAUUUAGUGGCCACCCACAUUGUGCACGCAUCCAGGGAAACGCAGUUUGUCCUAGGAUUGGUCCGGAAUGUGAUGAAACAGAAGGAACUGCUGCACAUCCAUCCGAAUCUGGAGUCCCUGCAAAAGGCCAUCGGCAAGGAGUACUGCCCCGAAAUGGGCGGCAAUAAUGGCACACUGCCUGAUGCCAUGUCGCGGUACGAAACCCAAUUAAACAGCUUCGCGAACUACUUCAAGGAGGACGAGCAAUAUGUCGUUGACGAGAAGGCGCGGGAGGCUAGCGAGGCGGCUCCCAUGGCAGCCGGCGCCGAGGGUACCUUCCGGAAGCUGAACAUUGAUUGAGGCGGGAAGGGGAGGCCGGGAAGUUAGUUGUAUAUUCUGAUGCACAUCUUAUAUAUAUGCCCUUCACACAAACACACAGCCCAAUAUAUAUAUAUAUAUAUAUAUAUACACACUGGAAUGUAUAGACACUACAGCGCUAUAGCGAUCAUUGGUCAUAGCAGAACCUGAUAUUUUAUAAAUGAAACAUGAGAAAGCAACAUCGAAA